UCAAAGCAAAUUCAGUAAUUUAUGGAAAAUGCAGUCUUUUUUUGGUGCUUUUAUAUUGGAAACUCUUGCUAUGAGUUUGCUCUAGCCUGAAUUUUGGCACACAGAUGUAUGAGACUCCUGAGCAGAGGGGAUCAUAUUGUCCCCAUGGGUAAAACUCUGGGAAGUCAAGUAUGGGCAAUUACACUGUAGAGCACUGUAAUACACUUCUAGCCAAGGCCUCAAAAAUGGAUAGCAAUAGUGUGAGAUGUUGACAUUUAUUGAGAGAGGUAAAGUCUAUAGAGAACGAGGGAGGAAAGACAGGAAGUGGACAAAUGGAAAAGAGAGGAAUGUGAGUGGAAUGGAGGCAGAGAGUUGUUUGGCUCUGAAAGUCUUGGUGGGUGAGGAAAGUAUAGAUAGAUGGUGGCAGAUUUUUGUUACCACACAGCUGCCACAAAACAGCAAUGAUGCAUGUCUGCUAACCUGCCAAUUCUUUUCAACAAAGUCUUUGGGAUAAUGUUUGCAGUGUUGUUGCAAUGUUAAUUUUAGUAUUACAAAUGUAAUUUAAAGGUGUUUGGCCAUUUUUUGUCUACUCUUUAUAGUGCAUUAUUGAUAGUCAUGAGAAUGGUAUAAAGACCUCAUGAAAUAGCUUGAAGAGUGCAGUUUUCUUUCCUGCUGAAACAGUAAAUUGAGGCAGGACAUAUCAAAGGGAUCAUUCCCCUUUUAAAAAAUGGGCAAUAGCCUUUAGUUUAUGACACAGCCAUGAACAUGAUUUGCUACUUGCUAGUCGGUUACAUGUGGUGUACAGCGCAACAGUCUAGUUCCAGAAAUAAAAAUCCCACUAAUUUCUUCCAUAGACUAAUUGAUUUUCAAUGCUAACUUAUAAACCUUUAAAGACAGACCUACCAUUAGCUCUAAGGUUGUUAAGAGAUGGUAUAUGCUUCUGUUGGAGCCAUCUGUCUGUGUUAUUUCAACUUCAUUGUUUAAAAAUUGCCUUUAAUAGCGGAACAACUACAUUACCCAUGGUCCAGCAGAGAAAGCUACACCAAUCAGAGAACUGCAUUCAACAAAGCCAGCAAAAUAAGCCUGGAGGCAACCGCUCACUCCCAUGACACACUCUAAAGGAUGCAAACGAGUCGUUCUCCCUGCAUUCUCCAACUACUCAUACAGUAUAUUGGUGUUUAAUGGAACAUCUAGCAAUAAAUGUAAACUAUAUUGUUUCUAUACUUAUAAUCAACAACCUAAAUCAAUAGUUUUAUAUAUUUCCAUAGUUUUAUAUUCGAUAACGUAAUUUGAAAUGCUUUAUGGGAUUGUAGUCUGUGCCCUCAUGAAAGAGGGUACACAUACUUGUACCUUUGUCUUUUUGUCAGAUUUUCGAAUACAUUUUUGUCUUAAAGCAAAGUCUGUAAUGUUGCAAUUCGCCUCGGUGCUGGUUGGUUUUGUCGAUGGUUUUGUUACUACUCUUUAAUGGAGGAUUUUAUGAAAAGUCUAUAGAAGAAAGUAAUGGGAAAAAUACUUAUUUUGGUAUAUAAAUAUACCAAAAGAAGUAUUAAAUCAGAUGGCUGAAACAGUGGGCGGGCACUGUUGUGCUCUAUUUGGGGAAGGACAUGGGGAAGGACAUUCUGGAGAGCAUUUGAUUGAACAAAAAUCUGUGUAGUGCAAGAUGAGUCAUCAAUAUUUUUGGUCCAUUUUUCUGGAAGAGAAAGACUGGAAAUGUUUAAAUGUGUAUGUAUCUGGUUCAAGUUAGGAGUACACUAGCAUGUCGAUGACUGCAAAACUAAUACACAUAGACCAAAAGCCACAAAACUCCAAUUUUUAAUCCUUGGAAGCAAGUAAACAGUUAAAAAGUAAUGCAAUGUCACAGCACACCUCAGCACUCUCUCAUUCUUGCCCUCCCCCACUUCUUUCUCUGUCUCUCUCUCUCUCCGUCUAUGAUCCCCCCUCUCAGUGUCCCUGCUACCCGCCUUGAAUGUUUUAACUGAGUGCUAAGAAGGUUAAACAAAUAACUCAUUGACUGCUUCACAGUAAAGCUGAAUGGUGGUCUGGGCCAAAUAACUUGUAACAUUUAGAAAUCAAAUCCAGAGAAUGUGGAAUUACAAAACAGUCAUCUAGUGCUGCGCUAAGGUAAGCUGCCCCAGGUAACAGCCAAUCUGGUCAUACUAGUAUUUCAGUCUAGAUCAGGCAGUUAUAGGGAGUGGUGUUGAGUAGUACAAGGUGGUCUUGCAGCAGAGAGGUUAAAAUCUCUUGCUCCUCUUCACUGUAGGCAAGCUGGCUUCAGGGUGAAAUUCUUGGCAAAUAAACGAGUGUGACAAAUGCAGCUGACACAUGCGAGAUUUACAGUGGAUUUUUCCAUGAGAGCAGGGGAGGUUUACGGUGUUCAUUUAAUCUACAUUAGAGAAAACCCUACACACUGAAACAAGACAACAUAUUCCUACUGCUCAAAAGAGAGAGAAAAAAGAAAAAAGACACAAUGGAACUUCAGAAACUAGCAAACGGUCAUCAUCAAGACUUUCAACAUCUUGAAGAAGGAGAGUCACCUGAAAGAGAGGAAUUUUUACCACUCAAGAGUGAUGGAGCAAAACCUCCUCAGUUUACAGAUUUUGAAGGAAAGACCUCAUUUGGGAUGUCUGUCUUCAACCUUAGCAAUGCCAUCAUGGGUAGUGGGAUUCUAGGACUGUCCUAUGCCAUGUCCAACACUGGUAUCAUCCUCUUUUUGAUCUUGUUGACCAGCAUUGCUGUCCUGUCAUCAUACUCUGUCCAUCUUCUACUGAGGAGUGCAGGGGUUGUGGGUAUUCGUGCUUAUGAACAACUUGGUAAACGAGCAUUUGGACACCCAGGGAAAAUAUUGGCAGCUGUUGUCAUAACCAUGCAUAACAUUGGUGCUAUGUCUAGCUACCUCUUCAUUGUGAAGUAUGAAUUACCUUUGGUUAUUCAGGCUUUCCUUGGUCUUCAGCACAGCAGUGGUGAGUGGUUCCUGAAUGGCAACUAUCUGAUUGUCAUUGUGUCUGUUUGCAUCAUCUUUCCACUUGCCCUGAUGAGACAGCUUGGGUACCUGGGCUACACCAGUGGCUUCUCUCUGACAUGUAUGGUUUUCUUCCUGAUCUCAGUCAUCUAUAAGAAGCUGAACAUCCCUUGUCCUUUUGACGGUUUCAGUAACCACACUGCUGGCAACAUAUCUAUUGAUGGCCAAUGUGAAGCCAAAUACUUCACAAUCAAUCAGCAGACAGCCUACACGGUUCCAAUCUUGGCUUUCGCUUUUGUAUGCCACCCUGAGGUGCUGCCAAUCUACACUGAACUGCGCAAUCCCACAAAGAGACGCAUGCAGGCCAUUGCCAACGUGUCCAUCCUGGGGAUGUUUGUCAUGUAUCUGCUCACUGCCAUCUUUGGCUACCUCACCUUUUAUUUAAACACUGAGGCAGAACUGCUACACACCUACAGCAAGGUGGAUCCCCUGGACACUCUCAUCCUGUGUGUGCGUGUGGCUGUGCUGGUGGCCGUCACUCUGACUGUUCCCGUUGUGCUCUUCCCGAUUCGCAGAGCCCUUCUGCAGCUUCUGUUCCCUGAUAAGCCCUUUCACUGGGUGCGUCACAUCACCAUCGCUGUGUGUCUCCUCUUUGUCGUCAACCUGCUCGUCAUCUUUGUGCCCAACAUUCGUGACAUCUUUGGCAUUAUUGGUGCGACUUCUGCCCCAAGUUUGAUCUUCAUCCUCCCGGGUCUCUUUUACAUCCGUAUCGUUUCCACUGAGCAAGAGCCAAUGAACUCAAGGCCAAAGAUUCAGGCUGCCUGCUUCACUGCUCUGGGCUUCAUCUUCAUGUCCAUGAGCUUAACGUUUAUCACACUGGAUUGGGUCUAUGGGGAGAACCGAAGUGGAGGAGGUCACUAAUCUUUACCCACAAAACUAUAAGGGUCCAAACAGCCUGUUAAGAGGAACACCACCUGAGAGAAAACAAAACAUCACUUAUAGGCUGGACCCAUAUCACCUCAGAUCUUUUGUCCCACUAAGUUAGGAUAGGACCGAUGUCCUGCCAUCUUUAAAAUUAAAUGUGGAUCAAUCCUAUGAUGUUUCAUGGUGGAGGAUUUCUGGGGGACACAGAAAUGUCAUGCCCUUUAGAGGCAGUUGUGUGAUCCUGUGACUGUGAUCCAAAACACAGCCAUUUCCCUUUACACGCUCCAUAACGAUAAAUAAUGAUGGUUUUAUUGAUGGAAGCCCCCCAAAAGCUUUAAAAUUGUGGAAAGAAGGCCAAAAUUUGAACAAUAGCCAUAAAAUACAGCAGAAGCCAAAACAUAAAUGACAGAAGAGGUUGUAUUCUCUAAGAGAGGCCAAAACACUUACUUUUGUCUGUUGUCUCUGUUAAGUGCAGGACAUAGUCCUACAGUGCAAUGCUAGGGAAACAGAAAACAAUGUAUUUUCCUUCUAAAAUUCAGUAUGAUAAGAUUUGUUCAGAAAAAAACAAUUGCCUGUGAUCAGAAAACAAAAUAUACAUAAUCUCAGAAUGGCUUUGAUAAAGGCUGCAGACCUGAACUGAAUCUAUAAGCAGGGGUUAAAUUGGGAUUUUUAAAAUUCAAACUGCUGAAAUUAUGGGGGGAAAAAAAGUAUUUCAGCUGAGAUAAAAUUUGGUCCUGAAAUAUUGUGUGAUAUCAUAUGCACUACAACUGUUAAAACAGACAAUCAGCUUUAUUUGUUUUCUGCAGGAUAGCAUUUCUUUUGAUAGACAAAUGUGAGGUACGUACAGUUGCAGUAUUUUGGUGUAGUGAGGUGGAAUGCCGUCUAUUGUUUUAUUUAGUGAACAGAUGGCUGUCUACAAACUCCCAUUUGAUGAGGUGCUUAAUUUCAAUACUGUGAUUUGCAAAGGCAUCUAAUGCAAGCAAAAUCUAAUCUGUGAAUUCAGUGAUUCAUCUGAUUUUACCAUUUUAUAUGGUUUUAUUUGGCAUGAGGUUAUACUUUUCCAAACAAUUGAUGGAAAAGUACAUAUGUCUCCAGAAAAGUGUUUAUAUAGGGCUGAAAAAAUACUAUACUGGAAAAAUACAACACAAAAAAGUUAUAUCUGUAAUGUUUUUUUUUUUUUUUUUUUUUUUACUGUCAUAUACAGUAUAUAAUGCUUUGAUCUAUGCAAUUGCGACAACAUGAUUUACCAAGACCUUUAAAACUUUGACUUUGCAUGUCAUUACAAGACAGCUUUUCCUCUUGGUCUAAUGUAGACUGUGAAACAGUGCAAUGCUUUUUGCAUGACUUCAGGGCUCCUUUACUCAUUGUGUGCAGCUCAGGCCAUUGCUUAUACCAAAAAAGGAUGGCAAUCCCCCUCCUCGCCAAGUUCCCAGUAUCCUGCAAUGCCUAUUUAUUCAGUUUUGUGAUUGAAUACACAUUUUUUCAUUAACUCUGUGCUGGUAAGUUUAUAACAAAAAAACAGGUGCCAAGUUAAAGACUUACAGUUCCACUGUGAAACACAACACACCAAAUAGAGUUGGCAGUUGAACAAGUUCAUUUUCUACUGCUUUUACAUGUGCUUUUACAUUUGUAAAAACUGGUUUACUGAAUUGGCUUUUUACGUACUUGCCGUUUUCAAUAAAGAUUGUAAAGUCAGUAUUAAAAA